CCGCUCGUAUUAGCCGUACAAAAUCCGUUUAUUGGUCUCGUUGCCGUCAUCACCAGCUGCAUUUCGUCUGGAUUCGCCGGUUGUUAUUUCGAAAAAAUCCUGAAAACAUCAGACACCUCCAUGUGGGUUCGCAAUAUUCAGUUGGGCAUUUCGGGUGCUUUUUUCUCCUUCGUGGGAAUGGUAAUGUACGAUUCACAAGCGUUGCGUGAAGGUGGAUUGCUUCAAGGCUAUGACUGGCUCACCUGGGUCGUCGUUGCCAAUCAAGCCCUGGGAGGUCUUCUCGUGGCCAUUGUAGUGAAAUAUGCGGAUAACAUUCUGAAAGGGUUCGCCACCAGCUUGUCCAUCAUUGUAUCGGGGAUUAUCAGCUUUUAUCUGUUCAACUUUCAACCUACGAUGCCAUUUGUGUUGGGAGCCGCCAUCGUCAUGGUUUCCUCUUACCUUUAUGGUAUCGAUUUCUCCAAAAAGAUGUCGGCUAUCAAACCUCACUGAUGAGCCGCCCCACUUCUUAUUUAUUCUCGUGUUUUGCUUUAUUCCUUCAUUCUCAUCAUUCUAUGUAUCUUGCAUUUAUUGGGCUUUACUUGCUUUUUUCUUUUUCACUUAUUUUCUAUUGUUUUAGAGCAGAAUGGGUUUUUGUUAUGUAUAGGAAGCUCGUGCUGGUUUUCCUUGCUUUUUCCUGUCGUUGUUUGUCUUUAUAUUUUAUUACUUUUUCUUUCCUUAAUUUUCUUUGUUUUAUAUGUAUUUUUACUUAUAUCACCUACAAUCAUCGUCUAAUGAACAAUAAUCCUUUCUAUAGUCUAUCUCACGCACUUGAAAACAAAAAAAUCAAGACAAUACAACACGAACCAGAUCAUGCUGUUCAUUUUAUUGCCC